AUGAAUUCAUUUAAACCAUCAAAUGGAUCAUCAUACACAUAUCAAAUAGAAGACGAUAUUCCCACACUUAGCUAUAGACCACAAUCAAAUACAUCGUCAACUACAUAUACUACAACCACCACAACCCAAACAUUUUCAAAUUUAAAUUCAAACACAACAUAUGAAGAAAAUUCAUAUAUUGAUUGGAAUAAAGAAUCAUUACAAAUUCCUCAAUUAAGUCAAUUUUCAUCAUUAAAUAUCUCCAAGAAAUGGAUUACUGUUAUUAUUUCAGCUAUAAUAUUAGGUUAUGUUACUGCUGCUAUUGAUUUAAUUUCAAUUUCACUUAAUGAUUUGAAAAAGGGAAUAUGUUUAAGUAAAUUUGAUGCUUGGAGUUUAUUUAAUCCUUAUUCUACAUGUCCAGUGGAUGAUUGGUAUGAUUGGUCUCGAUUAUUAGUCAAUUCUACUUCAAUUGUUAGUGAUAUUUUUUUAAAUUUUCCUAUAUAUUUCAUAUUUGCCGUAUCAUUCUGUGGUAUAGCUACUUAUUUAAGUAUAAACAAAAAGAUAUUAAUUAAACAAUCAGGAAUACCAGAGAUUAAAUUAUUAAUAUCAGGUUUUAAUUUAAGUGUUGAUAAAUAUUUGAGUUUACAAACUUUAAUUUAUAAAAUUAUUGGAUUAAUACUUGUUGUUAGUUCCGGAUUAUGGUUAGGUAAAGAAGGUCCUUUAGUUCAUGUUAGUUGUUGUAUUUUUAAUCUCGUUUAUGAAUUUUUUAUGAAAGUUAGAUUUGGCAACAAGGCAAAUGAAGCAUUAAGAAGAGAAAUAUUAAGUGCAGCUACAGCAACAGGUAUAUCAGUUGCUUUUAAUUCUCCAAUAGGUGGUGUAUUAUUUGUAUUGGAAAGUAUGCCAAGUUAUUUUAAUCCAACAAAAAUAAUGUGGAUAUCUUUUGUUUCUGCUACUAUUGCAAUUAUUGGAUUAACUGGAAUUAAUGUUUUUACUGAUGGUGGGAAUUUUAUGGAACAAGAUUUAUUUCAAGUUAUAUUUGGGAAUUUUAGUUGGUUGUUUUUAGAAAUUAUUCCAUUUACUUUAUUGGGGAUAUUUGGUGGAGUUUAUGGAUAUUGUUUUAUUAAAUUGAAUCAAAAAUUUCAAAAUAAAAAUUUGAGACAAAAAGUUCAAUCAUAUUUAACUAAUUUAAUGAAAGUUGAAACUAAAUGGGGUCCUUAUUUAGAAGUUUUAGCUAUUGUUACAAUAACUACUGUAUUAAAUUUCCCAUUAGAAAUUUCAAAAUUAUCAUUAAGUUCAUACCUCAAAAUUUUAUUUAAAGAAUGUCCAAUUGAAAAUGAUGAUCAAACUAAUUCAUCUAAUUUUUUAUGUCUGAAAUCAAAUGGUAUAAUACUGUUAAAAUUAUUUUACAUUAUGAUUCAAGGGUUUUUUUUAACUAGUUAUACAUUUGGAGUAGAUUUACCAGGUGGUAUAUUAAUGCCAUCAUUAGUACUUGGAGCAACAACAGGUAGAUUUCUAGGUAUAAUAAGUCAAGUUUUACAAUCAAAAUUCAAUUGGGAAUCUUUGGCAACAUGUACUGAAAAAUCAUGUUUAGUUUCUCCAUCAUCAUAUGCUGUAAUUGGAGCAGCAUCAUUCAUGACAGGUAUAACAAAAUUAACCAUGUGUGUUGUUGUUAUAAUGUUUGAAAUGACUGGUGCUAUAUCUUAUGUAUUACCAAUAAUGUGUGGAGUAAUGACUUCUAAAUUUGUUAAUGAUUGGUUAAGUCCUUUAAAUAUUUAUGAUACAUGGUUACAAUAUAAUUUUAAUAAAGAUACUACCGAGAAUAUAGGUGUUGUUAAUGAAGGUAAAGGUACUGGAUUAGUUUCAUUUUCAUCUUUAACUACUACUGUUAAAUCAAAAUUACCUGAUGUUACCGUUAAAUCUUUAAUGAUUCCCUUGAAUAAAGUUAAAUGUUUAUGUUUAAUUAAUGAAGAUGAAUCAUAUACUCAACAAUCAUUAUAUAAAUUUAUAAAUGAAGAUUUUCAUGAAGGAUAUCCAUUAAUUGUUAAUUAUACAAAUCCUAUUUAUAUUGGAUAUGUUAAAAAAUCAGAAUUAUAUAAUAAAUUACAAACAAUUCCCGUGGAAUCAUCAACACAACCAAUUUCAUUUCAAAUUCAAAACUUAAAUAAAAAAGCAUUAUCAAUGCAACUUCAUUAUGAAAGAAAUUUGAAAAACUAUUCAGAGUUGGAACUUGAAAUAGAAACUUCCAUUUUUUACAUUAAUGAAUUAUCACCAUCCAUUUUAAUCUUAGAAGAAUUCGAAAAAUUACACAUUAAUAACCUAAUAAUACUAAAUGAAUCAUAUGAUGAAAUGAGUGGAUUCAUAGAUCGAUUCAUUUUAACUAAUCAAAUAACCAAAAAUUUUGACUCAUUAACAAAAAUUGAUGAUAUUGAUAAAGAUGAAUUUGAAUUUAUAAAUAAUGAUAUUAAUAAUGAAUUUGAUUUAGAAAAUGGGAAUGGUUUAAGAGAUGGUGAUGGUAUUGCUUUGAAUGAUGAUUAUGAUGAAAUUAUGAAUUUACGAUUUAAUAGAAAAAGUAUAGAAUUAAUUACCUAA